AUGAAGGGCGAAUGUCCACCAACAGCACAUCCAAACCUCUGGCGCCAAGGCCAACUCAACUCCAAGCACGGUCUCUUCGAACUAUGCCCUGGGAUCUACCAAAUCCGCGCCUACGAUCUGUCAAACAUGACCAUCGUAGAAGGCAAGGAAGGGAUCAUCAUAAUCGACCCUCUCAUCUCAUGCGAAUGCGCAGCAGCAGGACUCGCUCUCUACGAGGAACACCGCGGGAAAAGAAAGGUCACCGGAAUGAUCUAUUCCCACUCCCACGGCGACCACUACAUGGGCGCAGGCGGGGUAAUCUCCGAUGCGGAGAUGCCAAUCAUCGCCCCAGAAGGCUUCCUCGAAGCAAUUCUCAGCGAGAGCAUUCUCGCGGGCCCAGCUAUGCGUCGACGUGGCGCAUUCAUGUACGGGAAUGCCCUUCCGCGCAGUUCGACUGGUCAAAUUGGGACGGGACUUGGUAUGGCCUCGAGUGUAGGAACUACCAGUUUGAUACCGCCGAAUAUCCUGAUCCAGGAAACGGGCGAAAGGCACGAAAUUGAUGGCGUGGAAAUUAUUUUCCAGAUGGUUCCUGGGACAGAGGCACCUGCUGAGAUUAAUUUCUUCUUUCCUGGGUUCAGGGCCUUUUGUGUGCCUGAGACUGCGACGAACUGUAUGCACAAUAUUGUGACGCUUCGCGGGGCUCAGGUGCGUGAUGCGAAGGCUUGGUCUGGGUAUUUGGAUGAGGCUAUUGUUUUGUUUGGGGGAGAGUCGGAUGUGCUUUUUGGGAGCCAUAAUUGGCCGACGUGGGGACGGGAGGAGUUGAUUCGGCGUCUGGAGGAGCAGAGGGAUUUGUAUGGCUAUUUGCAUGAUCAGACUGUUCGUAUGAUGAACCUUGGAAUGACUGGUGUUGAGAUUGCGGAGAAGAUGCAGCUUCCGCCUGCGAUUUCUAGGGCGUGGCAUUGUCGGGGGUUCUAUGGAUCUAUCAGUCAUAAUGUGAAGGGCAUUUACCAAAAGUACAUGACCUGGUUCGAUGGUCGUCCGGAGCAUCUUUGGCAAUACCCACCCACCGAGGAGGGACAGCGAUAUGUGGAAUGUUUCGGCGGUGUUGAUGGUCUCUGCGAUCAAGCCGAGAAGUUCAUAGCGAAAGGAGACAAUCGCUUCGCAGCAACGUUGCUUGCACACGCCGUGGCUGCGCAACCGGAGUCUGCAGGGACCCGAGAAAGGCUUCUUCUCGCCUCGGCAUAUGAAUCGCUAGGCUUUGGUGCCGAGAAUGCGACUUGGCGAAACUUCUAUCUGACUGCAGCUCAGCAUCUGAGAUCGGGAAAGCAGGCAGGUAUGGUUGCAGGGGGUGGAACUGCCUUGGGUCAAAGCUUGAGCAUCGAUCAGUGGUUUGAAAUCCUCUCCGUUCAGCUGAAUGGAGAAAUGGCUGCAGAAAAACAGUUCACCAUUGAUUUCGAGGUCACUGAUGCGGAGCAGAAGUGGAGGUUGAUUAUCAGUAACGGGGUUUUGACACGACGAUUGCUCAAUACCACGAGCUCUCAGCGGAAUGCAGAGCAGAAUGCCCCUGAUCUGUGGUUAGUCCUGACCAAGAAACAGCUUCUUGAGAUCAUUCGAGGCAACAUCGUGGGUGUUGAAAAGAAGACUGGCGAUUUCAAAGUGCUGGAAGAAUUCCUUGACUUGAUCGCUGUGCAGCAGGGAUCCACACGGGGUCCAAGUCAACUGUGA